UCUCAGCUGAGGCUGAAGAUCAAGGAACCACAACAAAACAACGAGUUAUGUUCUCGCUGUAAUGUCAGUGUUGUAGCUUUUCUACGUCUAAGUCCAAAUACUACAGUAUGGAGUAGCGUCAGUAAUGUAACUUCAAGCCUUGAUGCACACCGAUCAAUCACCUAGCAGCUCUCAGCAUUGCACAACUUGGGGAAUCACGAGUGAGGGGUUUGCAUAACUGUGAAUCUGUUGGAAUACAAAGAGGAGGAAGGAACAGAGAAACUCCUGCAAGAUGUCGGCAUCACUGAUCAACUUUGAGAGUGCCCGGGAGAAGGAACAGAAACGGCAAUGGGAACGGGAGGCAAGACAAAAUAUCCUGGAGAAGGCUCAGCAGGAGUUUGAGACACGGCAACAGAAGGAGGAGGCAGCACGGCAGAGGGGUGAGCACACCUGGAUGCUGCCGUCUGUGGAGGCCAGGCUUUCUCAGGAUCACAACUCAGCCAAGAAGAAGAAGAAAAAGGACAAGAAAAAGAAAAAGAAGAAGGAGAAAAAAGCCAAGAAAAGCAAGAGAAAAGAUUCGUCCUCAUCAAGCAGUGACAGUGAAGGUGAUGAGAGCACGGAACAAGAUGUGUGGGUAGCGCGCACUGCCUCCACCAGCUCAUUGACCCCAGCGAAGGCUCCAAGUCCCCAGCCUGCCAUCAAGGGCCUACAGCUAUCCCAACAAGAGAGCGCCUCAGAGUCAGAGGAGCCUUUGAAGCGCGACAGCUGGAUGGAGAUGACAUCACUCUUUGGUACCUUUUCUCGUGAUGAAAUGAGAGAGCGUGAAGGCACCAGCAGGAAGAAGGCCAAGGAGGAGGAAGAAAAGAGAAAAAGGGAGGCUGCCAAGCCAGGGUCACAUGCCCGAGAGCUGAACCCUUACUACAAAGAUGGAGGAACAGGCUUGCCACAGGAGCAGCAGAAGGCAGUACCAGCGCCAGCAGCAGCGGCCUCACAGAUCACGGGACUGGACGCUGGCUGGCUGAGGAAGGCCCUGCAGCGUGCCAAGGAGCAGGCCAGCUCUGAAGGCAGGUCACUGGAGGAGAUUGCUGCUCAGCGAUGGGGGUCAUUGGCAAGAUUUAAUGAACUGCUGGCAGAGGCUGAAGGAAGAGGGAAGCAAAGGGAGAAUGUUUCUAGGAGCCAAGACAGAAGAAGGGAGAGGAGGAGCAAAAGCAGAGAAGGAGAUAGAAUGAGGAACAGAAGCAGGGAAAGAGACAGAAGAAAAAGCAGAAGCAGAGAUAGAGAUGCAAACAAGAACAGAAGCAAAAGUCGAGAAAGAGAAAGAAGUGCAGGAGUUAGGAAGGAAAGAAGAAAUAGGAGCAAAAGUAGGGAGAGAAGAGACAGGAGUAAAGAGAGGAGGAGAAGACACCAUCAUAGACAAAGUAGUAGUUCAAGCAGUAGUGGAAGCAGUAGCAGCCGCAGCAGCAAUAGUAAGGAAUCUAGUAGAAGCAGCAGCAGAAACAGAAGCAAAAAGGGUGGCAAGAAAGAGGAUCAUCACUUCAGAGAAGACAGUUCCAGGUUUUCACAGAAGUUCCUCAGGCCUUCAGAGGAGCCAAGUAAGAGCAGUGCACUGUCUCAGAGAUUCCAGAAGCCAGGCAAUGAUGAUUUCAGCAGACAUGCCAGCCAAUCAGCAUUCAGGGGUUCAUCAAGCAGCAGCAGCAGCAGCAACAGGUGGCAGAAGAAGGAGUAUAAGCAACCAGUGAAACAGGAGCCACAGAGAAGACCACUGUCCCCUUCCUCUUCCUCCUCCAGCAGCUCAGAAAAUGAGGCGACAAGUGAGCCACCAAAACCUACCGCGGUAGGACCAAGAGAGAAUCCUGCCACCCCCAAACCUUCUGGUGCUGCCUCCAUCCAGCUCACCGACAAGGAGAUGAAUGAACUUGCUGCCAAGAUCAUGAAGGCUGAGCUGGUAGGCAAUGAUACUCAGGCUGCCAAGCUGAAGGCACGCCUGGAGGCAGCUAGGGAAGCACGGGCUGCUGGCGUUGGACCAAGCCAGGCUGGGGCAGAGGAGACUGGGGGACAGAAGGAGGAGGUGGUUGUCCUGACCCGCACUGACAGUCGAGGUGUGAGCCGGCCAGUGAUGGGGGCAGGGGCUGAGGAUGGGCAUGGCAAGAGGAGAACCAAGGUGAAGACACAUGGACAGGAUGGCCAGAGGGCAAGAUACUUUCCUGAUGAUGACCACUACAACCUGAAGAACAUGUUUGAGAAGGAGAAGGGCACCACAGCAGAUGACCAGAAUGCCAUGUUUGAGCAUGCAGCCAUGAAAAACAUUGAGAGACUCAAUGAUGACUAUGACAUAGAUGACAUGUUCAUGAGCAAGGCAGCUCUGAGAGACAAUGCUGCCAAGCAAGCUGAAAGAGACAAGAAGAAGGCCAUACAGGAGCACCAGCGUGUGGAGCGUUCCCUGGAGAGCUGCCAGUGGUGUUUCGACAACAAGGAGAUGGCCAAGCACCUCAUUGUUGCCUUAGGGAAGAAGUGUUAUGUGAGCCUGCCUGCCCAUCAAUCCCUCACACCAGGCCACUGCUGCAUAUCUCCUAUUCAUCACAUCUCUUGCUGUGUCCAGGCUGAGGAGGACCUGUGGGAUGAGGUGCAGAAUUUCAGGAAGUCCCUAGUGAAAAUGUUUGCCUCCCGAGGCGAGGACUGCAUUUUCUUUGAGACAGUAAAGAGGCUGCGACACUUCCCUCACAUGGUAUUGCAGUGUGUGCCACUCCCAAGAGAGACAGGAGACAUGGCCCCUAUCUACUUCAAGAAAGCCAUCAUGGAAUGUGAGCAUGAAUGGGCCCAGAACAAAAAGCUGGUGGAGCUGAAGGGGCGGGAUGUGCGGCAUGCUGUGCCCAAGGGUCUGCCUUACUUCUUUGUUGACUUUGCCAUGGAUGCCGGCUUUGCCCACGUCAUUGAGGAUGAGCGGGAAUUCCCCAACAAUUUUGCUCAGGAGAUCGUAGGAGGCAUGCUGGACCUGGACUGCAACCUUUGGCGGAAACCUCGCCAGGAGAACUUUGACAAUCAGCGGAGGAAGGUGAUGGAGUUUAGCCGGUGGUACAAGGAGUUUGACAUCACACAGGAGGGCUGAGGCAGUGGAGGAGGAGUAGGAGGAGGAGGCUGGAGGAACGAAGGCUUAUCACUGUAAGGGUGAGUUGUGGGUAGGACAGUUCCAGUAAUGAGUUGAAGGCAUAAACUUGUACUUCUUGCAUUUUUCUGACCACCAAUGUCUUGUACUGUUAUUGGGUAUCCUCUUCAGUGGUCAAUGGUGGAAUUCAAUAGGAAAUACAGUUUUUAGUAUCAUUCUAAUAGUGAUUGUUGACAUCGUCUCUGAUUAUGUUGGAGAUUUUAUAUUGAUUCAAAGACUACAAUUUUUCUUCUUUAGUUAUAUAAUCUUUACGUGCUACAGUCACUUUAUAGUAGCAGUGUUUCAGGUUACUGUCUUGUAAACCUUAGAUAAGAGUGAGUCACACAUCACAAUUCCUAUCACCUCAGGUGUCAUACAGUAAAUGUUGGUUUAUAACAACUUGACAAAUACCAAUGAGGAUAUUGAGAAAUGCCUGCAAUGAUUAAUAUGCUUACAGAUAUGGAAGUGCAGUUUAUUUUACACAUCUUUGAGAGAGGUAUUUUUAAGGGAGUGAUACUGCAUUUGCAUUUGUGCCAGUCACAUUGGGGAUGGCAAAGGAUUAGUAUGUUAGCUUUGUCUUAUUCAUCUUUUUUAGAUUCAUCCAUGAAAUGUUAUUAAUUUCUAAUAUCAGUGAUAUAAUAAAAAAAAAAAUUCUGUACAUUUCCUUUAUUUUUUAUACUAAGCUAAAUAUUCCUUGUAUAUUUUUAAUAUAAUUAAGCUACUGAAGUUGUAAUAUAUCUGUAAUAUGAGCUGAGAAAGAAGUAAAGGAAGUUACAGCUCCAAA